CACAAUCCAUUUUUAUUAGAAAUUUUAUAAAAACACUAAUAUUAAUUCUCUUUAAAUUAAAAUUCAAAUGUAAUUUUGUAAUAAAAAUGUGUCGUUAAUUACAACUAUGUAUUCAUUUUAUAGUACCUUACGUGACGGUGUAGAUUACAAUAAAAGUCGAUAAUGUCUGAAUAUAUCACAUCGUACUCUAUCGGACUCAAUCAAUAAAACAGUAAACAUUUGUUUCCUUUUAAUGAUAACCUUUUUUUAUCAUUACACUUUCACUAAAAAUUAUGAAAUAUGGAUGCUGCUACAGAGAACUGGGACCCAGCACUGACACGUCUUUUAUCAUCAUUGAAGGAAGUACAACCGGGUGGUGAAGAUGUGGCAUUCUUAAGUGAACUGUUGCAAUCUAAACAGCUACAUGCUCUAGUCCAAGUUCAUAACAAAAUAGUGGCCAAAGGCAAAGAUGAUAAAUUUUACCCACUCCUCUCUAAUGCAAUGCAAGUUACUUUAGAAGUGUUGGAAUUACUGGCAGACCUGGUUUCUGUAUCAAAAGAAUAUGAUGAGCUACUUAGUUUGUUGCAGAAACCUCAUUUCCAAGCUAUAUUGUGCACACACGAUGCAGUAGCCCAAAAGGAUUACUACCCACAUCUACCUGAUAUUCCACUUGAAGCUGAUGAAGAGGAAGAAACUGUCAAAAUAGUCCAACUAGUCAAAAGCGAUGAGCCUCUGGGUGGAGCACAGAGUGCAGAGCCAAUAGUGGGAGCAACGAUAAAGACGGAUGAAGAAACGGGGAAGAUUGUGAUAGCACGGGUGAUGCACGGGGGUGCGGCUGAUCGAUCCGGCCUAAUACAUGCCGGCGACGAGGUCAUUGAAGUCAAUGGCAUUAGCGUGGAGAACAAAACACCCGCCGACGUGCUGGCUAUACUGCAAAGUUCAGAAGGAACAAUAACAUUCAAAUUAGUCCCAUCAUUCGGUAAAGGAGGGCUUCGAGAAAGUAAAGUGAGGGUUCGUGCUCUGUUCAACUACAAUUCAUCUGAGGAUCCCUAUAUACCGUGCAAAGAGGCCGGAUUGAAUUUUAAAAAGGGAGAUGUUCUCCACAUUGUUUCCCAAGACGACGCUUAUUGGUGGCAAGCUCGACGUGAAGGCGAUAGAGUCAUGAGGGCUGGUUUAAUUCCAUCAAGAGCAUUACAAGAAGGUCGCAUUAUUCACGAAAGGCAGUCUGAUCCACAAACUAUGGAUGGUAAGCCCGCGCUUUGCAGUCCAUCCGCAACCAACUCGGACUGCGCUCCUAAGACACCAUGUUCGCCGACACCCACCGCGACGGCCCUCCUGCCUUGCAAAUCGACCCCCAAAGUCAAGAAAAUCAUAUACGACAUCACAGAAAAUGAUGACUUUGAUCGCGAAAUGAUACCAACGUAUGAGGAAGUUGCACGUCUGUACCCAAGGCCUGGCUUAGUUAGACCCAUUGUGUUAGUUGGGGCACCAGGAGUCGGUAGAAACGAAUUGCGCAGGAGACUGAUUGCUACGGACCCUGAGAAGUACGUCACGCCCGUACCCUACACGUCUAGACCGCAAAAAGCAAGUGAACAAAACGGAAAGGAAUAUAUGUUCGUGACUCGUGAGAAAAUGGAGCAAGAUAUUACAGAAGGAAAAUUUAUAGAACACGGCGAAUAUAAAGGAAAUCUGUACGGCACGUCAGCAGAAAGUGUGGAGACUAUUAUUAAUACAGGUCGCGUCUGCGUACUCAGUCCACAUUGGCAAGCGCUGAAGAUGCUUCGAACACCACGACUGCGACCUUACAUAGUGUACGUCAGACCACCACCGCUAGAGAGACUGAUAGCAACGAGAACAGCUGCCAAUGCACGUUCUACUUUCGAUAAAGAAUGUUCCAGAGCAUUUACGGAGGAAGAAUUUACGGAUAUAGUAAGAUCAUCGAAUCGAAUCAACUUUCUCUACGGCUAUAUGUUUGAUGAAGAAAUAUUGAAUGAAGAAUUGGCGAUUGCACUCACCCACCUUUUGAAAGCGGCUUGGAGAGUUCAGUCUGAACCGCUCUGGGUUCCCGCCUCUUGGGUUCAGUAAAACAGUAUCCAAAUUCCUGGUAAGAUGAAAUGAGUUCAGGAUAGUCGUAUUUUUAUUAACCAGUUCCACAUUUAUUCAGUUCUAGUUUAAUCAAU